GUGUCAUUCAUUUCAUUUUCUCUUCUUCCAAUUAUUUAAAAAAAAAAAACUCUUUUUAAGUUUUUAAGUCAUCAUGAACCCAUCAGCUCAACCAGCUUACGGCGAAAAACCAAUGACCGGCAUCCCCGUGCCGGGCCAAUUUCAAGCUAAUCAUCCCGGAACUUGGUCCACUGGACUCUGUGAUUGUUUCUCCGAUGUCCCGAAUUGUUGUUUAACUUGCUGGUGUCCAUGUAUUACAUUUGGACAAAUUGCAGAGAUUGUCGACAAAGGGACCGUUUCUUGUGGUGCAAGUGGAGCUCUAUAUUUUUUAAUAGAAGCAUUAACAGGAUGUGGAUGUAUUUAUUCAUGUUUUUAUCGUACAAAAAUGAGAAAACAAUACAUGUUACCAGAAAGCCCUUGUGGGGACUGUUUGCUUCAUUUUUGCUGUGAAUGUUGUGCUUUAUGCCAAGAACAUCGUGAACUCAAACAUCGUGGAUAUGACAUGUCUAUUGGUUGGCAAGGAAAUAUGGAUAACCAAAAUAAAGGGAUUGCAAUGGCUCCAGGAGUUCAAGGAGGAAUGACUCGAUAAAUAUUGGAUUAUUUAUAAUAAUAAUAAAAUUUGAAUUUGUUCAGUGUGAUUUAUAUUUAAUUAGUUGUUCUCUUUUUGUUAUUUAAAGUGAAAUAAUGGUUUGUUAAUCAAAUGGAUGGUUCUUGUUUUUUGCAAGAUGUAAUAUAAUGUUGGUUGUUGGUUA